UCCUCCUUUCUAAAGCAUACCGGUAGUUAUUAGAUCAUUAGAAGACAGCAACGUUAUCCACUGUAUAUUAAACUCACUUUUCUCAGUGUUUAUAAAACCGUCAUCGUCACCAAAACGCUUAUACUUUAUUUCGGGAAAUAUGUCAGUCACCCCAGAUGUAAUUCGUGAAAAACUGAUUGCGGAGAUUGGUGCCAUACACGUGGAUGUAGAAGACACGUCUCCUAAUAGAUGUGCUGCCAGUUUUAAAGUCCUUGUAGUAUCUCCUCAGUUUGAAGGCAAACCAUUGUUGCAGAGACACAGGAUGGUGAAUAAUUGCCUUGCCGAAGAACUGAAAGAGAUCCAUGCAUUUGAGCAGAAAACAUUGACACCAGAGCAGUGGGAGAAACAGAAAGCACAGUGACGCAUGCAGACACACACAGAAGACAUGCAUGAAACUCAUUUAUGGCACCGUAAAAUAAAACAGCAGUGACUUUUUUUUAUUUGUUGAUAUAUAUAAAUUUUUUCCUCCCGAAGUGUAAUGAUACCAAAGUAAUGGAGAUCAAUUGACUUGGUUUUAUGAAGUAGCUAUGCUUCAGGUUUAACUGUCAUUAAUGCACAACAUCUCGUGCAAAUGAUUGAAAUGCAUUAUGUGAUAUAUAAGGGAUCUUUUGAAAUUGUAGUAUGCUGCAAAUAAACAACAUUUCUGGACAGAA